GUUUAUUCUUGCUUUCAAAUCACGCUCAGUUUAUACGUAUAUCAAUUUCAAUAUAAUCGAAGAGUUAGCUGUGGCGCAUAAUUUGCGUAAAGAAACAUGCCAUCGACGACGGCGGUUACCCUGAACUCUUUCAUACGAAUCGUUGUUUUAAUGUUUUGCCUAGCUAGUCACCACUUUGUUCCGAUACAAAGUACCUUACGUGCGGAUGGCGUUGAAAAGUAUGUUAUUACCAGGAGCGAGAGGACUGACAACGACGUAUUCAAGAUUAUUUACAAAACUGGCUUCAAGUGCCCACAAGACGUUUGUGAAAACUCCUCUGCUUGGGUGAACAACACCGCACAGUGCACCUGUUCAUGUAAGGCCGACACUGCUACCUUCCUCCCUCUAAUAGGAAGUUGUGGUGAUACAGCAAGUAUAAAAACAUCUCUGUUUGGAAGUAAGUAAAAAUGAUUUGAAGAAAUGAAUGAAGAAAGCGAGUGUUCAAGUGUUCAAAGGGCAGAUAGCGCUAUCCAAUGGAUACGUGUAACAAAACAUACUGCGCUAUACGCUGGAAGGCAGAUUUAUCCAGUAGAUAGCGUUUUUUCAUUCGAACAACCGGGGCUAGAAGAAUAAACUAGUGAUAAUCAUAGAUUAUUGAAGUGCGUUCAAUUAAUUCUUAUAUUCGUCAUUAAGAGUGUUCUGCAACGUGAAUGUUCGUUUCCAAAAAUUUACCGCUCGUAUGAUAAACGGAAAUUUUGAAAAAUUCCAAGUGUAUUUUAUAGCUGUUUCCGUCAUUUUACCAAAGUGACCAUAUAUGGUCAUUUUUAUUGAUUUAACAAAGCUUAUUGUAAUCAAAGUUGAUCUGCGCUUUUCUUGAUACGCUAACAGUUAAAAUGCGGAGGCAUUGUUAAAUCGGUAACUUUCAAACUUUCACCGGCCACUUCAUUGCAUCAGUUUGACUGAAUUUUAGCAUUAGGGCGAAAUGGAUAUUCAGUCAUUUUGCUUGCAAAAAAAAAGAAAUUUGCGCCCAAUAUGGCGGAUCGAGGGUGGAAUCCAAAAGUCCUAGGAAAUUAAAAAAUUGUUAAAUGGAUCAGUUUGACUGAAUUUUAGCAUGAGGUCUAGGGUCCAAAUCACGAAAUGGAUAUUAAAAAGUUCCAGUCAUUUUUGCUUGGCAAAAAAAGAAACGGGAAAGUGCACUUGAUUGCGCCCAAUAUGGCGGAUCGAGGGUGAUCUUUUGAAUCCAAGUCGAGUCCUAUCGUAAAGAUUUCUCAAAAUCUCGUGGUAUCCAUAAAAUAAUCUUCUCUUCUUCUUCUUAACAUUUAUUAAAAAAAACAUAGGGCAAAUACUCACUUCUUUGAUGAUAUUCAAUUAGAUUGUUAUACAACAAUAUAAAACAAACAGGUUACAGAAGAACAGAAAACCGGUCAAUGAAUUACAAUGGAAGUAGUUUUCUUGAUUAGACAUUUCCAGAAGUGGACAGCUCAAUUCGACACUGCCCCAUCAGAACCUAACACAAACUUUAAUCGUGAUUUUGAAGUAAGAGCUACUUUUUCCGCAAAGUGAUUGAUCAAAAUAUUUUGGGUUGCAUUUUUGGCAGUUUGCUCCCGUUUCUUCGAGUGGCCCUUUUUCCUGAAAUCUCUUGACCUGUCAAAUGAAGGAGGGGUGGAAAUUGGGUCAGAUGUCAACUAUCAAGCCUGUCAAGUUGUUCCCGGGAGAACAGCAUAUCUUGAUUAUCAACUGGAAAACAAGUGGGCGCGGGUAUAUCCAGAAAUCUUUAAAGUGGAAAGAGUACAAGGGAAACUUGUUUUCAAGGUUUUGUAUCCAUGUUUUUUAUAGGGAUAAAAGCAUGUAGGUCAGGAGCUCAGAAAUAUUUAUUUAUUACCGGCAGCCUCCAAUCCAACCUGACCCCAGCCUGAUAGCUCUUAGCCCACUUCUCAUAUUCACAUGUAAAUAAUUGCUGAAGGGUUCAAAUUUGCAUCAGGCCCUAUGGGCCAGUAAGUCAAUUUUGAAACUGAGUUAAUGUGAGGUCUCCCGAGAAUAUAUUAUAAUCUCUUGGAAGUCUUUAAAGAAUUGGAAUAGGUCUGCGAUCUUUGCGAAGCUAAAAAUGGUUCUUAAUUGCUGGAUUGGAUUUUUUUUUCUAAGAAAAGCAUUGGAACAAUGUUUUCUUGAAUCAACUGGUUAUAUUCAAUUUUUGGCAUUAACUUCGACUUCUGGCGUUAUUUUCACAGCUUGUGUUAAUAAAUUUGUUUCUUGCUCAUUUUUCUUUGAAUUCUGAAGUGGGUGAAUAAUGGUACUGACAAGAUCCUGUCAGGAAGAAUUGUUCGGGUAGUGAUCAAUUGUAGUUAUUCAGCAUCUGCAUCUCGACCACCCAAGACUGCUUGCCUGAUUUUCAAGUCCUCAGGGCAGAUCACUUGUGAGUUAUAGUUUCCUUUAAAUUUAAAUAAUUUUUAGCCUCAGUAACCUCACAAAAGUAUAAACAGUGCUUUUUAGAACAAAAAAAGUGCUUUUUACAACCAGCCAGCCUUUUUACCAACUAACAACUUGUUUCUGAAACAUUAUUGGUCAACUUCGAUAAUACAAAGCGGUAAAAUUCCUGUUGUGAUAUGGAAUAGUUUCAAAACUUAACUUUUUUUUUGUAUAUGCCUCAAAAGAUUGAUUAAAACUGAAAAAAUUUUUAAAAAAAAGCAAGAAACGCUGACAGAAUAGACGCCUGUGUCCGUUAGGCAUUCACUUGUUUCCUGCUGGCUAUUAUUUGGUGGCUGGUGCACGUAGUAAAACCAGGUGACAUGGUUACUAAGUGCAUCUUCAAAGUUCUCAGGGUUUUGGAGUGGUGAUUGUUUCAAGGGGUGAUAAUCUUAGACUUCCAACGAAUAGUUGUGCAGGGGAUUGAACAAUACAAAGGUUUAGCUAUUUUGUGGUAGUAGUCUCGAAUACAAAAACCUCAGCGGGUAGUCAAACAACACUUUUCCAAGGGAGGAUAGAUUAGAUUCAAGGGACAGGGGUAUCUCACUCGUAAAGGGAAGUGGCGAUGUUAGCUUAGAGAAAUGGGGAUAAUCUCCUCUGUGUGGGCCAGUCAUUCAAAGCACGAAUCAAUUGAGCAGGUAUGCAAAAAAUGGUAUGAAAACUUCGAUAUUUGUGAGCCAUCAUUGGCAAAUGUGUACUGCAUACUGGUUUUUCAGACGUUACUGAUGAUUUGAAUGACAUGUCAGCGCCUGAAUCAGACUCAUCAGCGAAGCCAGGUUUUGUGGCAAAGAAAACACCACAUAUUUCUCCAAUCACCAAGGUGUGUGCCAAAUAGCCUCUCAUUGUCAAUAGACAAUGAUGAUGGCAGGUUUAAACUUGUUCCUUUUUUGGAAGAGGUUAAUUAAUUUUGUGGGUUAAAGUUAUAGGCAAGAUAAAGUUAUUUAAAAGAUUGAGUUGAUUCCUAGUUGUCGUCGUUUUUAGGAUUUUUGGUUAAUCUUGAGAAAGGUAAAAUACCUGUAAAUUAUUGAAUCUAGAAAUCUCAGAUGUGCCGAUUGCAUGUAUCUAGGGCAAUCUCCAUACCGAAGCAUGAAACAAUAGAUAUUAUCGAUUUUCCGCCUUACUUCGUGACCGAUAUUGGGGAAAGUAACGCGACUUCGCGCUAUUUUUCAAAGGAAGGACUUUGAAUGUUUUAUAAUCGCCUAAAUUCCGUCGUGAAAACAAAAGACUUAAUGGCUUGGUCUGUUUUAGGGUAGUCCAUUGGACUGGGGGUCAGUGUUUUCUCCAUCGCCAUUUGUAAGUGCUCCCCUUAGCUUCGAAGUUCAUAUUUGGAGCGUCUUUCUCGCGAAGUUGUGUCUGUAUUUCAAAAGCAGCUGUGCUUAUAACUGUUGGUUUUAAUAAAAAUGAAUAUCAUAUUGAUGAGGCUUGAACUCAUUGAUUAUCAUUAUAAUUUCUUGCAGACAACUUCAGUGACAGAAUCUAUCAACGACACAGGCAAAAAUUACGGAGGAAAAAAUGGAAAUUACAGUGGAUCUGUUGUCGUGAUUGGCAUUGCAGUGGGAUGUGCACUUGUGUUUGGAAUCUUAAUCAUCGUCCUUGUUGUAUUUUGCAAGCGAAGGAAAUUGUAAGUUCAAUAUAUUUUUUUCAAGUCUUGACUCAUUUUCUCUUUGAAUACAUGUGUGUCGCCAGUUUCAAAUUCAGUUCUAAUAUAAAUUUGCUUUUCACUCACUCGCUGCUUGUAAAGUACCAUUACAAAAAACAGAAAUAAAAACUUUGGUCUUACAAGUAAACUGUGUUUUCUGCGUAUAAUCUGUUCAGCAAAUCAGUAGAUUCCAUGUUGUCGUUCAUCAGAUUAGUUAGAUCACAGAUGACGUCAAGAUAUGGUCAGAACGAAAAAUGUGUGUAUAAUUCAUCUUAUAUCAUAGAAACUAAAAUUCCUCACACAGGGAAACCAACCAGCAAGAAACAAAGUCAGCAGGUAAAUUUUGUUUUCAUCAGCAAUUGAUUGCAAAAGUUAACUACGAAUGAGCCUCAAACUGCAAGAUACACACGUAAAAGACUUAUGGGACUGGAAAGGUACAUUAUCGAGCCCUUAAGCAUUGCUAUCAAUGCCUAUGUUUAAAAGCUGAACUUGCAGUUAAAAUCCACAAGAAGCAUAUAGGGAUGCAUGGAUGUUGAGAGAAUAUCAUAUUGAAUACUUGGACAGAAAUGUGUUGAUUGAAUGUUAUAACAAGAUUUGAUGGACAGGCAUGGCAAAGCAAAUAUGGAGUUUUAAAAGGUAAAAAUUGAAUUGUUACAACAAAGGUAAGGCUUAGCAAAAGUGCUUCAGGUUCUAAGGAUUGAUUGGAGAGUUUAAAAUAUGUGAGUGUGUGGUAUCAAUAUGGAUUUCAAAUGCACUACUAAAAAGGUUGCUAUCGCUGUUUUUACACUCAGGUCGGCCAAAGAUUGCACCUUGUUACUACUGUUAUUAACUAUAAAAAGGAUCAUGUUAAAGAUGAUCGGUAACUUAGUUUCACAAUAGUAAGACCCUGGAACCCAAAAUGAGUGUCCUCUAAAACUAUCAUAAAAUUGAAAUAGAUUUUGAUGAAUGAAAUAACUGUUUUAAUUGAUUUUUUAAAAUGUAUUUUUAUCCUAGUUAGGAACCCAGUGAUUGAGAAUCAAAAGGACAGAGAAAUGGAAGAUGUCUCAACCUCCAGUGAACAAGCCGGUCAAUCAACGUACCAAAGUCUUGUUACCAAUAGUGGUAAGUUAGUAAGGAAUAACUGUUACUCAUUGUUUUUGGGGGGUGUUCACUCACACACAUUUAGUAAUCACAACGAGAUUAAAGAACACCUGUUAUUUGGGAAGGGAUCGCUCUUUUAGCGUGAACACAAGUCCUCUGAGCUUGCGCGAUGAACUCUUGGUAGGAGAAAACAGUCAGUGAUGUUAUCAUUCACGCGAGUCGUGGUCACUCUCAGAUACCUAUCAUUGUGUUUACGUUGGCACACCAAAAAGUUAAAUCUACAUCAUCAAAAUGUGAUUGUUUCUUCAUACUUCAUCAGGAAAGUGUCUGCGUACAUUCCGAGGUAGCAUUUUAGAGAGAAGCCAUUGGUAAAGUGAGACACUUCAUGUAGUUCGUCCUACAUUACAGUAACCUGUUGUAUCUUCUCAAUUCUCAGACCAUUAAUUGGAAGAAUUGACUUUUAACUGGAAACCGAAAACUACCAUUUAUACUUGCCUUAAGACAAUUUAUACACCAAACUUUACUCUCAACCUCAAGAUGGUAAACAGUUGUACUGUGCGUCUUCCUUUUAUGGUGAAAUGCUUGGUGGUUUAAACAAAUUUUUGUCGUCUGUGAUCUACUACUGAACAGAAGCACGAUAUGAAAUCUACCUUUUAACACAUAUCAUUAAAUAUUUCUGGAAGAAACAUGAAAUAUAUACGGAGAAUUUUCGAACUUCAACUCCUCCAGAAACGUUGUGAGCAAUUAAAAGAGGCAAAACUUAAUGUCUUAAUGCAGAAUGCCUUGAAUAAUGGCAGAAAAAAAGGACAUUCUGUAUGGCUUCAGUAUACCAGAUUAGUACCAACUUUAAAACUUACCAAGAGACAGUCAUUGAAUUGCCAUGAUCAUUUUUUCUAGGAAAACUUUUACAUUUAGUUAUUUUUUCCACAUCCACUUCAGGACAAAGUAGUGGUGGAGCUGUGCACAGUCCCCCUGGAGAUUACUAUGGUUACUGUUCUCUGUACCAAAGUAUGGACAAGAACACACCAGUUGCAGCUCUGGUUUACCAAAAUGGGCAGACAUCAUUUACAGAACCAGAUUAUCAAAAUGUACAGACCCUGAAGGGUGGCAUACCAUAUGCUUCAGUGCACAGCCUUGGGUCUCAAACAGAAUCUGCGUAUGAGCCCCUAAGGGGGUCUGAUAUGCAAAAUGUGUACGAGUCCCUUAACGAAGAAGGCAACUGAAUUGUACUGACAGCAUGAGCCUUAAAUGAAGACAUAAAAGCUAUCGUCGGUCUAAGGUUAAUAUAAAUCAAGUGCUAUUUGGAAUCUAGGAGUUAACAAUGAAAAAGCCAACACUGACUUCCUGUUCUUUUCAGGAGUUUUGAUGAGAAAAAUUAUUAGUAUAAAAUUGUUGUAAAAUUAUUAUUUCAAGAUAUUGACACGACUUUCGUCACAUUCUAGAGGCGAAAUAAAUUUUUUAUACGAAAGUGGUCUGAAACAUGCAGUGUCGAGGUUAGCAGGGAAUUUUCCUUUCAUUUAGAAGUCAAGACAUGUUUUUUGUGCCGCUCGUUCACUUAAAACGCGCACUCCGUCAGCAAAAAGCCCAACACGAAAUUGUCACUAGAGCAUUUCUUCUGGGUUUAGUUCCCUAGGUUUGCUGACCCUCGAAAAAAUUGAGCAAACUAUUUGCACUGAGUAUAUUUGAUCAAUAAUCUCGUUUUAAAUGAAGUUGCUCUAUCGGCGAAGGUUGAAAACAUCAGCAAGCUAAAUAUUUGUAUUCUGUUUCGACUGUCAUGUAGUAUAUCCGUUUCUUUACUUUUAGAAAUUUCCUUGAUUCAUAUUCUUGUGUUUAAACAGUAUUUUCCUGGUACAAUUACGUAGUUUUUUGUCAUUGUUAAUAAGUCUUUGCCUUAUUAAAUAAUAUUUUCCAGUAAACAACCUAAACUUCACGAAAUGAUACAAGAUAUUAAAGAUAAAAAGCAAA